AUGGCCGCCCGCGGCGGGCAGCGGGAGCGGCCGGACGCGGUGCAGCUGGACCGGCUCCUGAGCGAGCGGGUGCACAAGGAGAUGCGGCACCAGAAGCUGUACACGCAGUACACCGUGAACCCGCUCCAACCCGUUUACACAGUCACCAGGAAGCCAAUGUCUUGGCAUGACAAUAUAGACGAGCCAACAGAUGACGAGUUCCUGAAACUUUUUCACCGCGCAGCACUGCAGCCAAGACAGAAAUAUUCAGAGCCGCAAACUGAAAGCCAAGAAAUUGGCUGGAACACAACACCUCUGAUUCCUGUGGACCGUAAUGAUUGCAGACUCCACUUCCCACGCCGGAAAACCGAGUUCACUACAUAAAUGGCUGCCCUGGGGCAUGGGGAGGAGGAGAGUAAGAACCUUCAGUAGUAGAGGGGGGAAGCCACAAACUCAGAUAGACAUCUAAUGUAUUAGGCCUGCUUGUUAAUAGGCAAGUCUGGUAGACUUCUAGUAAGAGACAAUAGAAAAGGAAAGAGAGAACCUCAGUCUGUCCAGAUUUGCAGCCUGACAACACUGACAGAAAUAAACUUAUAAGACUGCUG